GGCACACUUUUACUGGGGAAGGGGGUCUUUUGUUUUCCGAAUCCUCUGCCUCUCCCCCUCCCCCGGGACCCUCCAUGGCUCCCUUAGCCGAAGUCGGGGGCUUCCUGGGUGGCCUGGAGGGCCUGGGCCAGCAGGUGGGCUCCCACUUCCUCCUGCCCCCCGCCGGGGAGCGGCCGCCGCUGCUGGGCGAGCGCAGGGGCGCGGCGGAGCGGGGCGCGCGCGGCGGGCCGGGGGCGGCGGAGCUGGCGCACCUGCAUGGCAUUCUUCGCCGCCGCCAGCUCUACUGCCGCACCGGCUUCCACCUGCAGAUCCUGCCCGACGGCAGCGUGCAGGGCACCAGGCAGGACCACAGCCUCUUCGGUAUCCUGGAAUUCAUCAGUGUGGCAGUGGGACUGGUCAGUAUUCGAGGUGUGGACAGUGGUCUUUACCUUGGAAUGAAUGACAAAGGAGAGCUCUAUGGAUCAGAGAAACUGACUUCUGAAUGCAUCUUUCGGGAGCAGUUUGAAGAGAACUGGUAUAACACCUACUCAUCCAACAUAUAUAAACAUGGGGACUCUGGCCGCAGGUAUUUUGUGGCACUUAACAAGGAUGGAACCCCUAGAGAUGGGGCCAGGUCCAAAAGACAUCAGAAGUUUACCCAUUUCUUACCCAGACCCGUGGAUCCAGAAAGAGUUCCAGAAUUGUACAAGGACCUGCUGAUGUACACUUGAAACGUCAUAGCAUCUUUAUGGAAGAACACAACCACAACCAUCUCAUCUUAGAACAGUUCCCAUUGUAAAAUAUUAAUCCAGGAAGACAUUCAGAGUGUUACAGCAUCUAUUUUUUUUACUG